AACGAAUGUGUUUCGUUGUAGUUGUGAUCAAGAACCGGUGGAUUUAAACACGCAUCAGUAGAGAUGUCUACCGCUCUUGAGAGUUACAUUAACCGGACGGUUGCCAUCGUCACUUCAGAUGGGAGAAUGAUUGUGGGUACGCUUAAGGGCUUCGACCAGACGAUCAAUCUCAUCCUGGAUGAAAGCCAUGAGCGGGUGUUCAGCUCUUCCCAGGGAGUGGAGCAGGUGGUUCUGGGACUGUAUAUUGUCAGAGGCGAUAAUGUGGCUGUAAUUGGUGAAAUUGAUGAUGAAACCGAUUCUGCGCUGGAUCUUGGAAACAUAAGAGCAGAACCGCUCAAUUCUGUGGUGCACUGAUGCCUUUCAAAUCAGGCCAGAAAAAUCUAUGUUUAGAUGAAAUUCCCCGUUUCUAUUUGAAGACUUACCCCUAGGAAGUCUGAAGGCAUCGAAAAGGCAUCUUUUUUUAAUCUUGAUGAAAAAAGACUGAAUGCAUAUCCUUUUUUACAUGUGUUGAAAUAAAUACAAAAAAAGAAGUGGGGAAGUAUUUGAUUUAAA